AUUAUUUCUGAUGUAGAAAGCAGAGCAAGUUGAAGAUAAUCAACUUCUGACAAAUAAAUCUACUGGGAAACCUAAUUAACCAAUUGAAUCUUUAGCUACUUAAUAGAUGGUUUCAUAUAAAGAGCUUUAUAGAUAUGCUACUUAGUCAGACAAAUUAUUAAUAUUGAUUGGGAUCAUAACAUCAGCAGGUAAUGGAGUAACAAUGCCAAUGUUUUCAGUGAUAUUUGGAGAUAUGACAGAUGCAUUUUCUGGUGAUGAUCCAGAUAAAAUGGUUAGUGCAGCAGGAGAAUGUGCUAUGUAUAUAUAUAGAAUAUAUAAAAAUAGAUGGUUUUUAGUUUUAGCAGGAUGUUCUUGGUUGUUAUCAUUUUUAAGUUUUGCUACAUUUAUGAUAUCAGGAGAAAGAUAAAGUAUAAGAAUGAGGUAAGAAUAUUUUGGUGCUAUUUUAAAAUAAGAAGUGGGUUGGUUUGAUUCAAUAAAUCCAAAUGAGUUAAACACAAAAGUAGCAGAUGAGACAUAUGCAGUAGAGGGUGCAAUAUAAGAGAAAGCAGGAACUUUUAUAAUGACCUUUGCUACAUUUAUAUGUGGAUUUAUAAUAGGAUAUUCAUAGUAUAUAUAAGAUUUAAAAUAUUUAGUGGUUGGUAAUUAGCAUUAGUGAUAACAGCAGCAAUGCCUUGCUUAGCAAUUUCAGUAGUAAUUAUGACAGUAGUAGUGAUGAAAUCUGUUAAGGCUACAUAAGAAUGUUAUUCUACAGCUGCAGCUGAAUCUGAAUAAGCUAUAAAUGCUAUUAAAACAGUAAAGAUGUUAGAUGGAGAAGAUUUUGAAUGUGAAAAAUACUCAAGAUAAUUAAUAGUAGCAGCAUAAACUAAUGUUAAAUUUAGUUUAUUUUAAGGUAUGGCAUUAGGAUCAAUAUUUGCAUUUAUGAUUUGGACUUAUGCUUUGGGAUUUUAUUAUGGAGCUAAAUUAAUAUCAGAUUAGGAGAUGAAUUCUAAUACAGGAAAGAUUUAUACAGUUGGUGAUGUAAUGACAGUUUUCUUUGCUAUAUUGAUGGGUAGCUUUUCAAUAGGAUAAGCAGGACCCUGUUAUUAAGCAUUUGCAAAAGGAAAAGUAGCUGGAGCUUAAAUAUUUCAUAUCAUUGAUCGUAUUCCAAAAAUACUUAAUCCUAUUAAUCCAAAGCCUUUAAACAAUUUUAAUGGUGAGAUUAUUAUUGAUGAUGUUGAUUUCUUUUAUCCAGCUAGACCAGAUACAUAAAUUUUAAAUAAAUGUUCCUUAAAAAUACCAAAAGGUAAAAAAGUAGCACUUGUAGGUGAAAGUGGUUGUGGAAAAUCAACAAUUUUAUAAUUAAUUGAACGAUUCUAUGAUGUUAAUUCAGGUAGAGUUUUAGUUGGUGAAGAUAAAAUUGAUGUUAGAGAUUUAGAUUUAAAAGAUUAUAGAACUUAAAUAGGUUUAGUUGGUUAAGAACCUAUGUUAUUUGCUACUAGUAUAAGAGACAAUUUAAUGUAUGGUAAAACUGAUGCUACUGAAUAAGAAUUAAUUGAUGCAUUGAAAAAGGUUAAUGCUUGGGAUUUUGUAUCUAAAAUGGAAAAAGGACUUGAUACUUAUGUUGGAAUGGGUGGAAGUUAAUUAAGUGGUGGCUAAAAAUAAAGAAUUGCUAUAGCAAGAGCUAUUCUUAAAAAACCAAAAGUUUUAUUAUUAGAUGAAGCAACAAGUGCAUUAGACAGAACUAAUGAAAAAUUAAUCUAAGAAACACUUGAUGAAGUUUCAUAAGGUAUAACUACUGUUGUCAUAGCACAUAGAUUGAGUACAAUCUAAAAUGCUGAUAUCAUUUAUGUUUUUGCAGGAGGUAAAGUUGUUGAAACUGGUACACAUUAAGAAUUAAUGAAUUUGCAUGGAAAAUAUGAAUAAUUGGCAAAAAAUUAAAUUACUUCCCAUUAAAAAGAAGAAGAACAUCAAGGUAAUUAAUUAAUAGCCAAUCAUAAACAUAAGUAAAUUAAAAAUUAAAAUGAAUAACAAGAUGCUGAUGUAGGCUCUGUUUUAUCUAUUAAUUAAUUUGAUUAAGAUUAACCGAAUGUUGUUGAAAAAGCCAUUAAAGAAAUCUAAGAUAUAAAACAUUUGAAUAUUUAAUUUAAAAAUAAUGAUUAAAAUAAUUUUUAAGAAAUGAAAACUUAAAUUUCAUAAAAUGAUUCAAAUGAUGCUUAGGUAAUGACAAGAUUAUUUAGUUAUGGAAAAGAAGAAAGACUUAUUUUAAUAUUAGGAUUAUUAUCAGCUCUUAUUAAUGGAUGUAUAUUUCCUUGUUUUUCCUUAUUUUUCUCUGAUAUGAUUACUCUACUUGCUUAAAGUGAUCCAAAUCUUUAUCCUAAUGCUUAAAUUAGAGAUUUAAAGAUGGAAAAAGUUAAAAAUGAUUCAGCUGAUAUAGCAUUAUGGUUUUUUUUAUUCGGUUUAGGAUUUUUAGUGUUUUAAUCAUUAGAGAACUUUUUCCUUUCAAUUGUAGCUGAAAACUUAACAAUGAAAUUAAGAAAUUUUACUUUCAGAAAAUUAUUGAGAAUGCCAAUAGCAUUUUUUGAUAAACCUGAAAAUAAUGCUGGAACAUUAACUGCUAGAUUAAGUGUAGAUUGUAAAACUGUUUAAAGUUUAACUUCAACUAUUAUUGGAUUCAAACUGUAAAAUGCUUCUGCAUUAAUAUGUGGUAUGUCUAUAGCAUUUUCUUCAAGUUGGGCUUUAACUUUAAUAGUUUUAGCUACAGCACCAUUUAGAUUUAUUGGUAUGAAAUUAAGAACAAAAUAUAUGGGAGCUUUAAGUGGAUCAAAUAAGGGUGAAAAUUUUAAGGAUGCUGGAAAUUUAAUUAUGGAAGCAGUAACUAACAUUAGAACCGUCUUUUCUUUUGGAAAUGAAAAUAUCAUUUUGAAUGUAUCUUUAAAAUAUAAUAUAAUUUAGGAUUAUACAAAAAGAAUUUAAGCACCUUUAGAAGAAUGUACUUCAAAAGGUUUAUAGGCUGGUAGCGCUUUUGGAUUUUCAUAGAUGUAACCUAUGCUUAUAAAUGCACUUGUUUUUUAUUGUGGAGCAUUAUUAGUAAAGUAUUAAGGUUUGGAUGUAAAUGAUAUGUUCAGGGCUAUAUUUGGAAUAACAUUUGCUACAAUGGGAGGUGCAAGAGAUUCUCAUUUUGUAGGAGAUGUAGAUAAAGGAAGAACAGCAGCUAAAAAUAUUUUUGAGAUUUUAGAUUCUGUAGAUGAAUUUUAAAUUGAAGAAUGUAAAUCUUUAUAAUUAAAUAAUAGAAAAGUAAUUUAAAAAAUUAACUACUUAAAUUAAAGGACAUAUUGAAUGUUUAAACUUAACAUUUAGAUAUCCAACGAGAGAAAAGAAUGUUUUUUCGAAUUUAAGUCUAACUAUUCCAUCUGGUUAAAAAGUAGCAUUUGUAGGAUCAAGUGGUUGUGGAAAAUCAACUAUAAUGCAAAUGCUUAUGAGAUUCUAUGAUCCUGAUUAAGGAUAAAUAUUAGUUGAUGGAUAAGAUAUUAGAGAUUAUGAUAUACGACAUUUAAGAAAAUAAUUAGCUAUUGUUUCUUAAGAACCUGUACUUUUUAAUGGAACUAUUAAAGAGAAUAUUUAAUAUAAUAUGAAAGAAAUUAGCAUGACAUAAAUUGAAGAGGCUGCAAAAAAAGCUAAUGCUUACAAUUUUAUUGUUAAUGAUUAAUUUGAAAAUGCUCCUGAUGAAAAACAAUAAGAUUUUGGUAAAGGAUUUCAUAAAAGAGUUGGACCUAAAGGAUCAUAAAUCUCUGGAGGAUAAAAAUAAAGAAUUGCUAUUGCUAGAGCAGUACUUAGAAAUGCAAGCAUUCUAUUAUUAGAUGAGGCUACUAGUGCUUUAGAUGCUAAAUCUGAAGAAAUUGUUUAAGAAAGUCUUAAUAAUAUUAUGAAGGAUAAUACUACAUUAUCCAUUGCUCAUAGAAUAUCGACUAUCAAAGUAAUCUAUCUUAUUUUAUAAUUAGGAUUCUGAUAUUAUUUAUGUAUUUGAUAAUGGUAUGAUUGUAGAAUAAGGUAAUUACAGUUAUCUUGUCGGACUCAAAUAAUUUUUUUAUAGAAUGGAAAAAGGUAUAGCUAUAACCUCAACCAAAAAUUCUUGA